AGGACACCCACCCACCCCCUAAAGCGUUAUAAAAUUUGUGAAUGGGCCCUUAUGUUUAAUUAUCAACAUAUUAUAAUUUGACAAGAAUAUUAAAAUGAAACAAUAAAAUCUGAAUAUGUGAAAAUAAAAUAUUAUUAUUAAGAUAUGAAACACCCACUAACAUUUUAACAUUGACAAAACAAAUUUGAAAUGCAUAUAAUAUUUAUCCGGCGAGCUUCAAUGGAUAUAUAUUAGCCUGGGACACGGUUAUUGUCGCUGCAGCACUACUCUGCAAUUCGCUGGAGAGUCCAGCGACGCGACAAUUUCUGGCGACGUCAAAAGAACUGUCAUUCUUAGUUUUGACAUUUCAGAAUUGAUGGACGUCAUUGAAUUGAAAAAGAAAAAAAUAUAACUGAACAACAAAAACAUUAACAAAACAUCGAUUGAUUUACAACAUCGUGUGGAAUUAAAGUCAAGAUGACAAACGUUGUACUCCAUGCAGUCCAGAAGAUCCUAGCGAAUACAAAUACCGUGUAUCAUGCGUUGUAUGGACACUAUUAUUUGGGUAUAUCCAAAAAGGAUCUUGCGAAAAUCUACGGUAAAAGCCAAUCUACCAUAUAUUCUUGGUUUCGUAAGUUUGAGAAAGAGGGUGUAUACCAGCGGAAGAAACGUGCUCAAGUUUACAAAAAGUUUCGAGUGGAAAUGAGGAUAUGGUUGGUUCAGUUAUACCAAAAGCAUCCAUUAUUAUUUUUGGAUGAAGCUAAAGAGAGAUUCCAGAAGCAAUUUAAAAUCAAUAUCAGCGUUUCAUCCAUUUGCUCCAUUUUACAUGAAGCCGGAUUUUCAUGGAAGACUGUUGAAAGGAGAGCGAUGCAAAUUAGGGAAGAAGAGAUUGUGAGAUUUAUGCGAGAACUUCUGGCAAUUCCCUGGGAUAUCUACAACUUAGUUUUCCUUGAUGAAGUCAGUUUCGACAAUCGGGACAUGUUACGCCGGAAGGGGUAUGGUGUUGUGGGGCAAAAAGUGAUCUACAGUGGUGAGUUUUGUCGCCGCCCACGUUUAUCAUUCUUGUGCUUUCUUGGAGUUGAAGGCAUUCUAGACAGCUUUUGGACUGAUGGAACAUUCAAUCGCAUUAAAUUUUUUGAAUGUUGUCGAGAGUUUGCACUACGAAAUCCAAAAGUUCGUCAGUACCCAGGAUGCUAUUCGGUUUGGAUACUAGAUGGCGCAAAAAUUCAUUGCGAUGCAAAUAUCAUUCGGUAUUUGCGAUCGAUCGGCAUUAUUCCCAUAUUCCUUCCGGCGUACUGUCCCUUCUUUAAUCCAAUUGAGAUCGUUUUUGGUUUUGUCAAAAAACAUUUGCAAAGAAGACACCAAGAAAACACUCCAAUAAUGGGUGAUGUCUGCGAUGCAAUGAGCUUUUUCAAACAAUAUUCCUGCCAAAAACUUUUUGCUCAUUGUGGUUACUUCCCUGGAGGACAUUUUUAUCCUGAGAAGGGACUGCAACAAAAUCCAAGCGAUUUAGGCUUAAGUGUGAUUCCUGAGUGACUUUAUCACAAUAUUUGCUGUUCUUUUUUCUUCAAAAUAAUGAAUAAAAUCGGAUUUGAGAUGAAAAUAUAAUCGGUUAUUUUAUUUCAUUCAAAUUACAUCGUUCUUUUCACUUUUGUUACAUGUGAUCAACAUCUGGACAGUCAGUUACACUGUCAGCCAGGACUUUACUUACCUCUGUCUCCUCAGGGCGAACUGCAGAUUGGACAGCAAUAAUAAUUUCAUUAGCUGCUUUUCCUUUCGCAAUCAUUCCUUCCAAUUUACGAGCAACAUUCGAAAGAAUGGAAACCGCCGAAGAAAUGCCUUGAAAAACUUCCUCAACAUCUUUCAUCCAUCCCCCAUUUACGGCAUGAGCCACUGAUGCCCCCCGAUGAACAGAUUGUAGUCGGGCUGCUUUCGAGACGCCAGUCCACCUGAAAUACUUCGCAAGAUUUCUUGGCGUAUUAUCGGUCCUCGGGUUUCUUAAUAAAACAAUUGUUUUGAUUAAAGCCGACGUUUCGAGCAUUUAUUUGCUCAUCUUCAGGGCAAAAUCGUUAAACUGUUUAGAUGUGCUCGGGUGAAAGCUGUUGUAAUGUUGUUAGCCGUUCGUUUCAUGUUUGUUCAAAUCCACUUGACUUAAAAGCAAUUAACGAUUUUGCCCUGAAGAUGAGCAAAUAAAUGCUCGAAACGUCGGCUUUAAUCAAAACAAUUGUUUUAUUAAGAAACCCGAGGACCGAUAAUACGCCAAGAAAUCUUGAAAAGCAGUCCCGACGGUCGAUAUCCCACCAAAUACUUCGCAAGUUCCAAAGGAGGCGACGGAGCAUUUUUCAUUUCCUCUUGUUUAUGCGCCGCUGACGAAUGAAUUGUGUUGGCCCAUAACAACCAGGAACUGUGAUGGCCUUCCAGUUCAGGAUGGUUGUUCUUCAACUCUUUUGCUAGAGCUGCAUCAUCCCGCGUCGAAUGAGCUCCCGAACGAUCUGGAUUGUUGGGUGCAAUUAACUGUUUGAGGACCAUUUGGUGUUGAGGGUUGGUUUCAACAUUUACCGAAUAUGCAUGAAUGAACAUUUUGAUUUGCUUGCCUCUCCAUGAAGUGAGCAAUCGAGGAGUGACUUCAGAAAUAGUGUAGGCCUUCCUUUUCAUUUGAUCUUGCAUCGUGACGAACUUCUCAAUAUCUUCUUGGUCCGGGACUUGCUUUUCAGCCCACUUUGGUCCAUCAUCAUCAAAAUUGAUUUGUCUCGAUACAUGCGCUACAGACAACUUCCAAAUGCAUUUAAUUACGUCCUCAACAGAAUCUCCAAAAACAUUCUUAGUUCCCACUUCUCUUGGGCGCAUCUGACCUCGAUAAAGCCGACGGAACAUUGUUGCUUUGAAAAAG